GGCCGACCGUGUCUUGCAGAUGUAGGCCCAUAACAACCCCACGCCGGGCGGCUGUCAACCCUCCGCCAUCUACUAACCAAACUUGCCCUCCUCUUCUUGUUAUUAUUGUCCGUUCCAGCUCCUUUUCCUAGUCCCCCCUAUGUCCAAGGCCUGCGCCUGGCCGCCCAAUGUCGCUGUCCAGUCCAAGGGUUGCCCCAGCGUCGCGUCCAGGUCCAAGGACUGCACCUGGCCGACCAAUGUUGAUAGGAAGAACAAGGCGUCGAAGAGGAUUAACGUCGUCAGAUUUAAAGAAGGAUCUAGAUAAGCACAGAGGUGUCCUAUCGCAUCGCCAGGCUUGUGCCCUCUUGCCUCCUGACAACAAGAGGACCCUCCCUGCCGCUCCCACUGGCAAAUGCAGGCGCCAGCUUGUGGUUCCAGUUGGGUGCUGAAUAACAAUAUGUCGGGUGGUUUUCAAAUCGUUCCUCUGUUUGUUGAAAUUGGCUGCUGCUGUCGAAUUUUGUUGUUGUCGAGAAUGGUGGUGGCAGGCCGCCAAGCCUCAUGAAAACUCUGCCUCUGGAGCUGCGCGGUGGACGAUGUUUUCAAAGGCGUCCACUUGCAACGACAACGUCGUGCGCUCCUAGCGGACGUGAUCCUUAUACUUAGCUCGCUCAGGAGAACAAGAUAAGUGGGAAGGAACAGCCCGCACGACAAUACGGGCCGGAUCACGAGUUUGGUGUUCCCCCUCAUGCAGGGCCGCCACCCCGGUCGGUACCUCUGAUCGGAACGACUGCUAAUUCUAGCUAGCGCAGAAU